ACUUUGUAAGUAGAUGAAAACAUUAAAUCAAGAGAGAGAUCAACCUUGACUUUUUGCACACAUGGUGCAAGAUUGUUUAACAUGGGUAAAAAGAAGGCUGAUAAAAAGGGGAAAGGAAAAGAGAAAACUGCGUUAAAAACAGAGAAGAAGGCUGAGAAAAAAGCCAAAAAGGAGUUGGCAAAGAGAGGAGAGGAUGACAUUGAGACACUGAUUGCUCAGUUUCAUGCUAAGGAUCAGGAAAAAGCCAGAUAUGUGGAGGAAAAGUGUGAUCCCCCUUCUGAAAGAUCCAACAUGACCUUGACCCCUCACCCAGAUAAAGAUGAGUUGAUUAUGUUUGGUGGAGAAUUUCUGACAGGGAACAAGGUAUACAUGUACAAUGAUUUGUUUUUCUACAACAUCAAGAAGAAUGAGUGGACAAAAGUAACCGCCCCUAAUGCCCCUCCCCCUCGGAGUUCUCACCAGGCAGUGGCCCUGAAACAACAUGGUGGACAGCUCUGGAUAUUUGGUGGAGAAUUUGCCAGUCCCACUCAGUCCCAGUUCCACCACUUUAAGGAGUUAUGGGUGUACCACAUCAAGAAUAAAUACUGGGAGAGGAUUAAUUCCCCAGGUGCCCCCUCCAGUAGGAGCGGCCACAGAAUGGUCCAGUGUAAGAAACUCCUCAUUGUGUUUGGAGGUUUCCAUGACAACAUCAGAGAUUACAGGUACUUCAAUGACGUGUAUGCUUUCAAUGUGGAGGACUAUACUUGGUGUAAGCUGGACGUGAGUGGGGUCCCUCCUGCCCCUCGGUCCGGCUGUAUCAUGGCAGCCAUGCCUGACCAGUACAGGGUGACCGUGUAUGGGGGAUACAGCAAGGAGAAGGUCAAGAGAGAUGUCGACAAGGGAACCACCCACAUUGACAUGACAAUUCUUAUACCUGAAGGCAAGUUAAAAGACGACACCAUUCCUGCCAAGUGGAAGUGGGUCAAUGCCAAACAGUCUGGUGCCCGCCCCACCCCCAGGUGUGGAAUGUCUUGCUCUGUGGCUCCAGGCAACAGAGCAUUCUGUUUCGGGGGCGUUUUUGACGAGGAAGAAGAUGAAGAGCAGAUAGAAGGAAAAUUUUACAAUGAGUUCUAUCUUCUGGAUUUGGAGAAAAAUAAAUGGUUUUUGGUAAAUUUAAGAGGCAAAAGAGAACAGGCCCCAGAGAAGAAGAAGAGACGAAGGAAGAAGGAGGAGGGAGGUGAAGAUGGAAUGGAGGAGGACGGAGAGGAAGAGGAAGAAAUGGAGGUAGCUACAGACAAAGUCGGCAACAUGAACAUUGAAGAGGCAAGGGAGGAAGCAGACGACACCGAGAUGGCAGAGGGAGCCACCAACACUGAGACAGUAGAGGGAGCCACCAACGCUGAGUCAGCUAUGUUUGACGAUGGGGUGUUUCAGGUUAAGAUAGGGCCAGCACUUGGAUCUACCCCUGAUCAGGAAAUGGGGGAAGAUGGGGACAAGGCAGUUAAAGUGUUUCAGCCACACCCCAGGAUGGGACCUUUGAUGGCUGUGAAAAACGGUGUUCUUUUUCUUUAUGGUGGAAUGUUUGAAAAGGGAGAUAAGCAGUUUACAUUCAAGGAUUUUUACUCAUUAGAUCUGGACAAAAUGGAAGAGUGGAAAGUGAUCAUAGAAAAUGAUGAAUCCAAACUGGUUUGGGAUGAUUCCGGGUCAUCAGACGAGGAGAUGGAGGCCUGUGGAGGAGAGGAAGAAGAAGGAGAGGAAUCAUCAGAUGACGAUGAUAUUGAGGAUAUCCUUGAAGGCUGUGACGUACCAACUAAAAAUGACGAUGAAAACACGGAGGAGUAUUUUGAAAGGACUAAAGACUUCUGGGUAGAACAAUCGCGGAAAUAUUUUGAAAAUGAGGAAAUGAAAGUGUCAUCCAGGACUGUUACUAAGUUUGCAAAAGAAAUGUGUCAAGAAUACACCAACAGGUGAUUAAUACAAGUGUGGGUUAAAUGGCUGUUGAAGUGUGGUGCAAUAAUUCCCUGGUCAACAUUAGGACAGACAGACUUAAAGUAAUUCUGUAAUGUGGAUCUUUGUGACUCAUGUGUCUGUGAUGAACAAGGUAUUAUACAGUGUAACUGUAAAUUGUAUUUACUAUUGAGAUGUGUAGAAUGAU